CCAAAGCAGUGUAAAAAUGGUAAAGAAUUUCAAGUGUGUGCAGGUGAAUGGAGUAUACUGAAGAACGGUGUGUAGAAGGACUACAGUGUUGCAAGUGUGGUGGGGAUCAUAUCAUGAUCACGAGAUCCUGGAGUGCCCUGUAACAGCCUAUUUAUGCUUGAUCUGAAAAUGUGGUCGGAGGCUCCGUAUGGAGGGUGUGAUGCAAUUGUAGAGCAUCUGGAGGCAUGCAGAGGCCAAGUUGAGCUCAGUACCGCAUCGCUGUGUGCCUCUCAAUUGUUGUAACGAUCCAGAGGGCAAACGUUUUUGGGAGUUAACGAUUUCACAUCUAAAGACUUGCAAGGGGUAAAGCGCCGGAAUUACGGCCCGCCCUCCCAGGCUCCCUUUGAGCCUGUGGAGGGAUCUGAUAUAACCUAUUUUUAACAGAACGGUUGUUUGAUUUAGUAUUUUUAUUUUAUUUGUUUUUGGUAGUUUGUUCCGUUUUGGGGGAAAAAUCCUGUUUCCACCCCGCACAGUAGGUGCACAUGAAAUUCUGUGAACGCCAAUAUAACAUAGAAGAGGAAAAUCAUCGAAGAGCCAUAAUGAAUGUCUGGAGGACAUGAGAGUUCGGUGUUAGCCAGACUAGAGGAACGCGCCCAAAAUAUAUAGUUCAUCACAUCCAGGGGGUGGCAGUACAGAGUAGUUUUCACCAGAAAAGUGUAGGAGGAAGUAGAAUGUCCCGUUAUGAAUUUCAAAUCUAGUUAUGGUUCCUUAUUCAAGGUGAAAGCAUCAUCAUAUAUUUAUAGAGAGAAUUUAUAGAUCCUGCAGUGUUCCAGGCUGUCAGGUUGUGUGUGGCGUGGCAGUGAGAUGGAGAACCAUGCAACAGCAGGGGCCGCCGUGGAUGCAUGCGGAGUGGACCAACGUAGCGAUGAGUAUCGACUGCUCAUGGCUUACUGUGGCAAAAGGAAGAGGCAGCGGUCUGGCCCAAUGCCUCAAUGUCAAGGCCUCAUUCAAAAAGAAGGUCCUCCCACAUCCAGACAUAAUGCUAGAUUUUAUGACACCGGUCCCAUACACUACACAUUUCAUGGUUGUGCUCCGUCCAGACAUGGCCCAGUGGCAGCAGCUACUGGAGCUGCAGGAGGAGAGGGCAAUACCUUGAAUGGAGUAGCAGACAGGUUGACUCAGAUUGCAGACUCUGUGCAGAUCACAACAGACGACAUAGAGUCAGACGGGACAGACGAUCAACAUGAUGUAAUCCGAAGACUAGUGGAGUUGCUGAAGGUGUCUGGAGAUAAGCUGAAUGAGGAGAUCAUGAGUAACCACAUCUUGCAGAGGCACCUCCAGACUUCCUUCACUUACAGUCUGUUUGAGACGGUGACCUCCAACCUGCUCCAGGGAGUGACGGGGGUAGAGAGUGAUGGUCCUGUAGCCCGGACAGGCUGCCCUGCCCCUGAGAAGGAGGAGAGGGUCCAGAGGGAGAAGAUUGCCCUGGCCUGCGAGGUGACUAGCAAGCUAUAUGCCCUGGACCUCCAUCCCAUGAGCCGGGCCAUGGGCUUUGGGACACGCUACCUCCAGGAGCACCACACGGCCUGGGUGAAGAAACACGGGGGCUGGAAUAACGUGUUUGACAGUGAAGACACUGAUUAGACCUGCCAGGCAUUUCAGCUGCUUCAACCAGCCAUGGGAACCCAUUUACAUUUAGCUGAAUAUUACAUGUUUAAUUUGCUCCUAAAACUAUGGAUUCACUUACUGUACUUACAUGAAUAAGGCUGUUUCUUAGUGAAACUGACUACAUUUUGUUCAUGUUAAAGAGAUCCUUCAAAAGUUAUGUACUGUUAGAUACUGAACAUUGGUCCCACUUUAGACUUGAAAUAAAUAGACUUAACAUGGACUUGAGUCGUUAAAACAUGGACUAAAGUAUUUUUUUAUUGACUUAAGUCCAUGUUAAGUCACCUUAUUUUAAGUUUUUAAAUAUUAGGGCCUAUACUGAAUGUAUAGUUUUCAAGAUGUUUGGGUUUAUCUUAACCUCUAAAAUGACAUUGAACCUGUGAUUUAUGAAUGAACUGCUCAGUGUGGAUUAUCAAUGAAUUGCCUUGAAAUGGUGGGGAUAAAUCUAAUGGUUAAUCCAUUUCUGCAGCCAGUAUGUGAUGAAAGUAACAAUCAUCAUCUUUAGAUUGUUAGUUUUGGAAAUUGUGUAUGAACCUCUAUCCCACAA